UCCGCUUACCAGACGAAACAACAUAUUACAGUGGACGCGAUCGGGAAGAGCGAGUCGACGCAUCAUCUCCUCUGCUUCUCCGACAUAUGACCCAGAGAAACCCUAGACCACAGAUCUCCGGAGCAGAGCUGUGAUGGCGGGAUUCCUUUCCAAGCUGAGACGGAUCCACCACUCGGUCUACACUGGACCCUCUUGCUCGGAUGAGGUUUGGGGAGAACCUGGUGUCAGCGACCAUUACCAUAGCUUGGAUCAAGAUUAUGUGUUACUUGGGCGUUUUUAUGAGAUCAUUAGGUGUUCUUUCUUCUGUAAGCAAGAGGCAUUUGGCUUUGCACCUUUCGGUUAUUAUGGUUUAGGUACAGCACCUUUCAGUUACUGUGCCCUAUUGGCAUCACAAGUGAGGUUGCCGAAUGCAUUGCCUCACAUCAAGGUACUCAAAACAUGGGAAUCAAUUUACCUGUUUCAAGUAUGUUUGUAUCUUAUGUCAAUUUUAAAUGUUUUCUACCUUUGAAAUCAAUACUUAUUGUGUCACAUCAAGAUACUUAAAACAUGGGAAUGAACAUAACUUUAUAAGUCCUUUUAAACCUUUAGAAUCAAUAUUCCUUGGUCAUUUUUUGUACAUGAUCAAAGUUUGAGAAGUUAUUGUAUUAGGAUACCCAACACAUGGGUGCUGCUUGGUUUAAAGUAAAAGCUGAUUACCUGUAAUGCCAAAUUUAUGUACGGUUUAUCCUAAAGCUAGACACAUAAAAUAAUAUUGAUAGAUCAGUAGUUCUCUGGCAACUGACAUAUACAGUGGAACUCCCAGAACCAAGUUUUAGUUUUUCUUGCCUUGUUGAUUUUAUAUGCGUGGAAAAAAGAUAAGAAUCUUCUAGAUAAGAAUGAAAUUCAUAAUAGGGGGCCUACUCUUGUGUUAAAUAGGACUCUGUUGAUUACCCUUUAGUGUCACACCGACCUCUACUCUCCUUGAUUCUCACUUUAGUGGUUGUUAUCAAUAUUCCUGUUGGUCUGUUCCUCAUAGCUUGUUCACAUUAGAAAAAGGCUAAUUAUGACAGGUUAUACUAUAUGUAAACAAGACACAAACACACACAUGAAAAUCACAGACUUUAAUGCUUUCAAAUAGUAUAUCCAAUUGUGUGUCAUCAGAAGUCAGAAAAAAUUGAAACAGAGAAGUUCUAGUAAAUGAGGUCAAUGUUGUAAAAUUUACAAAUAGCUAUACAUGGAAAACUUUGUUUCAAAAGCUUCUCAUCACUCCCAUUUUUUGCUGGAAGAGAGUGCUCUGACAUUAAACAAUAUCCACAAGACAAUGACUUUAUUUCACUAGAUAUGUGAGUGUUCACAUGACAGAGUAACUUCUGUCACUAGUCCAAUACUAACGAGGCUUUUUCUAUUUCUUUCUUCUUCUCGGGACAUCUGGAGGUUUGAGAAUGAUCAUCAGGGUUACAAUUUUAACCAAUUUCUGUACAUGUUAAAUGGUUUUUUGCUUUUUGGUUAGUGCAGGUAUUGCCAUUUGACUAGCUUCAGUAACACAAGGUUUCCACUCUUCUUUUUGCUGAAGAAUUGCUGCAUUAUUUCUGCUUGCCUUGCGUAAUUCUGAAACUCCCAUCUUUUUCCCCCCAGAAUAUAGUACAUUCCCGUGCCAUAUUUAAAAGUUUGGCAUAAUUUUAGACUGAAAUUUUGGCUAGUAACAGACAGGAAAGAAGUACUGCUUGGUGUUCAUCUGAUAGGAUUCUUGCUGCUUCCAGUUGUGUGCUAUCCAAGGGAAGUAAAGCUGAUUGGAAGAUAAGGAUUUGUCGGUUCACUGGCUCAAUCUCAUCACUGAGGACUGAGACAAAGUUGGUGGUGGCCAAGCAUUUCUGUGGGCACUCUGUGUGUGGAGCUCCCACCCCCAUGCUCCGCACCUUCCUGGUAAUAGAGAUGCGAGGUCAUGGUCAUCAUACGUCUGGACUCUUGCAAGCCACAUACAAAAGCAAGAUAGUUAUGUGGGGGAGCUCCACAUUCACAGUCGAAACUAAUCAUGCACGGGCCCAGAAAAGUAUCUGCAGAGACGUAUUUGAUUCUUCCUCUUCUGUUUGGUUUGCGACCUGCUCUGCUCAUCAGGAUCAGUAGAUAACUGUACAUGGGUGUCAGACGGCAUAUGCACUCGGAAUAUUCAUCUUCAUUAGCAUAUAGAUAUGAAUGCCCAGGACAUGAAACACAGACGCUGCAUGUAAAUAAUGGACGAAGUCUGCAUCCAAAUGUGCAACAACAGAGGGCAAAAAGGCAAGUGGUCCAGCAAGAAGCUUGUCAAGACUUCAAGUUCAACUUGUCUUUCCCUUCUGUAUGCUUCAGCUGGUGGUAUCUCAACUUUAUGUUCUCCAAACCAACUCGAUUUUGUUGGAUUAAAAGUAAGCUGAUGUGUGCCCUUACAACUAUUGCUUGCACUAGUUAUCAAACUGCUUGUUGCAUCCAAAAAUAUUCUUUGGUAGGUACAGAAGCACAACUUUGAGACACCAAAGGUUGCUAACUGCAUGCAGCUUAUCUACUUCGCAGUUUUCAGCUUAUAUAAGCAGCUGGAGAAGUUGGAAUAACA